AUGGUCCACACCAACGGAAACAUCAAGGGUAACACCUUCCUCUUCACCUCCGAGUCUGUCGGCGAGGGUCACCCCGACAAGAUUGCCGACCAGGUCUCCGAUGCCGUCCUCGAUGCCUGCUUGAAGGAGGACCCCCUCUCCAAGGUUGCUUGCGAGACUGCCACCAAGACUGGCAUGAUCAUGGUCUUCGGUGAGAUUACCACCAAGGCCCGCCUUGACUACCAGAAGAUCAUCCGUCAGGCCAUCAAGGACAUUGGUUACGACAGCUCCGACAAGGGUUUCGACUACAAGACCUGCAACGUUCUCGUCGCCAUUGAGGAGCAGUCGCCCGACAUUGCCCAAGGUCUCCACUACGAGGAGGCUCUCGAGAAGCUCGGUGCUGGUGACCAGGGUAUCAUGUUCGGUUAUGCCACUGACGAGACCCCUGAGCUCCUUCCCCUCACCAUCCAGCUCGCCCACAAGCUCAACGCUGCCAUGACCCAGGCCAGAAACGACGGCUCCCUCGCCUGGUUGAGACCCGACACCAAGACCCAGGUUACCGUUGAGUACGAGCACGACGGCGGUGCCGUCAUCCCCAAGCGUGUCGACACCGUUGUCGUUUCCGCCCAGCACAGCCCCGACAUCACCACCGAGGAGCUCCGCAAGGAGAUCCUUGAGAAGAUCAUCAAGAAGGUCAUCCCCGCCAAGUACCUCGACGACAAGACCAUCUACCACAUCCAGCCCUCAGGCCUCUUCAUCAUCGGUGGACCCCAGGGUGAUGCCGGUCUUACUGGCCGUAAGAUCAUUGUCGACACCUACGGUGGUUGGGGUGCCCACGGUGGUGGUGCUUUCUCCGGAAAGGACUACUCCAAGGUCGACCGUUCUGCUGCCUACCUCUCCCGCUGGAUCGCCAAGUCCCUCGUCAAGGCUGGUCUCGCUCGCCGCUGUCUUGUCCAGCUCUCCUACGCCAUUGGUGUUGCCGAGCCUCUCUCGCUCUUCGUCGAGUCCUACGGUACCUCCGACAAGUCUUCUGACGAGCUCGUCGAGAUCAUCCGCAAGAACUUCGACCUCCGUCCCGGUGUCAUUGUCAAGGAGCUCAACCUCACCAACCCCAUCUACAACCGCACUGCCAAGAACGGUCACUUCAGCGACCAGAGCUUCACCUGGGAGCAGCCCAAGGAGCUCAAGUUCUAA